GACGGCUUUAUGAGAACAACUGUUUAGCGACCCAAGACGGUACAGACAAACCAGGAGUCUAAGCAAUGGAAAGCAGUUGAGUGAGAUGGAUAUAAAGACGAAAGCGAAAAUUAUAAUAAUAAAAAAAUACAGUUCAUAUGUAGAAACAAAAAAAUACAAUAAAAUAGGAAUAAACUGAGUAAUCGGUUAAAAAGUUUUGAGUGCGAGGAGCUUUAGUAUUCGCAGAAAGGUUGAUUAAUAGCUUCGAAAUGUUUUUAUGUUGUAAGCUCAUAGUUCAUAUAUUGAGGGCCAGGAUACUGCCAGGGUGACCAAACCAAAUCAGGUCUCCAAGUCAUCCAGAUUCUUUCGUGGGUGUAGGUUGCACUUGACGUUAAAUAUAAUCAUAAAUCUGUUAGUCAAACAGGUAGAGUGGCAGUGGAUAUCUCAGGUUUUCGUCACUCUAGACGACAAUUCUCCACAAACCCUUACAUGGUUGCAUGAGUUUGAGUAGAAAGUCAUGAGCGAUACUCCAUUCAAAGUCACUGCCACAGCACCUCACGGUUGACAAAGUCGAACAUCUGCAGGUCAACCAUGAGUAAGAAUACCUAUGUUUCAAAAAUUAUCUGGUUGAGAAGAUUCGAUCAAUGCACGCUCUUUCAAAUCUGAAGCUUUCUUAGUUUUCUCGAUUUUGUUGUUCUUGAAACCCGGUCAAAAGUCAUAUUACUAUGAAUCGGAAUAUUUUGACCGCGAUAUUAUUCAGACGGAUUCCUUUGUAGUUGUGACGCACUAUAAUUGGAGAAAGAGAUUAAUUACUGAAUUUUUGUCCUUCGAAAAGAUAUCCAACGCACGCAACAGUGAUAAUGAGCAUCACAUAUUAUUUUAACUAACUAAUUUCGUCAUUACUAGACCGAAUUUUCCCAGGUGAUAGGUCAUUUUUGUAAUUUGAAAGUGUCGUCUGUUUAGAGUAUUCGACUGGAAUAAUAAUUUUGAUCAUGAUUUUUUAAUUUAGAGCUAUUUUACUAUUUUAGUACUUGUUUCAAUAGACUAUCCCUUUUCUUUCUUUUUUAGGCCUUUACAGGAGGCGAAGGCGGUAAAGCAGCGGUUUGAUGACUUAUUUGCAUCCUCUCGCUACGUGAAAGCAUUGGAUGCGAUCAGAAAAUGCAAACAAGAGAACGACGGCAAUGUUAAACUGUAUAAAACGGAGUUGAAACACUUAACGAAAAAUCGUGAUGAUGCUUCUAAACUUCGUUCUGAAAGAGAAGAAAUACUCCAUUCAAUAGAAAAACAAGAAAGAAAUUUAGAAGAAAUGUCUGCUAAAAUUCAACCUGUUGUUGAACAACUCAAUCGUUACAAAAAGCGCUACGCAGAGCUUACACAACUGCAAGCUGAGAUUAAAUCUUGUGAAGCUGAACGUGUUCAUUUGACCGAUACUAUCACAAAUUUAAUGGCAAAUAUACAUGACGAAUUUAAAGGAAGUGAUGAAGAUUUGAAGUAUUUGAUAGAGGAUGCUGAGACAGAAUAUGAGAAGAAAAACUUUCAGCUCAGCCAGUAUGAAAACCUCCUACAAAGAAAACGUAAAGAGUUGACUACUUUGGAAGCUAACCGGACCGAAAUCAUGGUCGAACAAGCACAAGUAGAAAUGGAACUUAGGCGUUUAAACGAAGCAGUAACCGGUCGUGAUAUGAUUUUAGCAUCAGUUGUUGCAAACCACGUUCCUGGAGAUAAAUAUACAGAUGUCAAACAGUUUUGUGAUGCAGACGUACAGUACAUAAUGGAGCAUAUGGAAGGGUUGUUACAUGAAUCUGAAAACCAAUUAACGGAAAUUAAGAUUAUAUCAGCGAAUGAAGAAAGAAAAGUCCAGGCCGAUGUUGAUGUGGUACGGGAUGAAUUGUCUGGUAUAAAACAGAAGAUAGAAACAACGAAACGUAGUUUGAAUCAAAAUGACCAUCAAGUGGCUACUGUUAAGAAGCGCUUGGAAAAUGAACACACGUUGAAUAAACGCAUUGAACAAAUCAAAAAUGAAUACCAAAAGGCUGAAAUCGCUGUAAAGGAUCUAGAUAUUGAUGAUGAGCUGAAUAGUUUGCGUCAGUCAAUAUCACAGUCGUUAUCAGAGAAAAAGAAACUAGAAAGCUCCAUCAGUUCACUAGAUGAUAAAAUUGCAACACUUCAAAAGAAUGCGAGCAAAUAUCGUGAACUAGAAUCAAUGCAGAAAGAACGGACAACGAAACUUGAAGGUGUCCGUAAAAUACGAAGUCGUCAUGCUGAAGCACUGGAACAGGUAUUUGCUUGUGGCGUGAUUCCUUCUAUAGCGACAGAAAAGUCACUUGAAGAGCAAGCAAGUCAUAACAACGUUCGAUCAUUUCUCAAUGACCAGUCACGUUUGAGAAUUGUGUUUUCUAAACGAUUGAAUGAAUUAGACCAGUCAACUAGAGAGACGCGGAAACAACUGGCCAAACUCGAACAGGAACGUUCAUCGCUUGAAGCUAGUUCUAAAUUUAAUAGAACUCAUCUGCAAGAAAAACGUGACCAGCUUAAAGUAUUGGAAGAAAAAAUUUUAUCUGUACUUGGUUCCGAUAACUUUGAACAGACCUUUGAAAAUCUUCAACGGAGACGUGAAUUUUUAGAAGAGGAAUGUGCAAAUGAACAAGGAAGUAUGUUUUUGUGGAGUAAAUUUCGUGAUCGAUUAUCGCGUGUGGAUUCUGACUGUCCAGUUUGUCAUCGAUGUCUUGAUAGCGAUACUGAACGUAAUGAGUUACUCAAUGAAAUCGAUAGUCGAAUUCAAUCAAUACCCACAGAAUCAGAACGUAAAAAACGAGAGCUCAAAGAAAUUGUUUCUCGUAUGGAAUCACUGGUUGAAUUACGCCCAAUAAGCUUAGAAAUCAAAAACUUAAACGGUCGAGAAAUUCCAACUUUGGAAUCAAAAGUGAAAUCUGAAUUAGACAAACUUGCUGCUGUACGCAGUCAAAGGGAUGAGGCAGCUGCUGUUCUUGAAACAUGUCAAGCGGAUGAAUCCCUAGCUAAGACUGUGCAAGGUGAUUUAGCUAUAUUAGAGCGCCUAGAAAAUGAGUCGUAUGAAUUGACGCUUAAAAUUAAUCGUUUUAGAACCGAGUUCACAGAUUUCGAAACAACUGAUUCUCAAUCCGUUGAUGCUUUACAAGAAGAAAGGAAAACGUUACGUGAAACACUGCUUACAUCUUCUGACAUUAUUGAUCAAAAACAAAAACGUGUUGAUCAACUGAAUCAAGCCAAACAUCAAGCUGUCAGUGAAAUGCACAAACUCAAAGAUCAGAUGCACAAAUUAGAGCAGGAAAAUUUGGAUAAUAUUCGACUAAGAGAUGAGCUUUCACGCUUAACUUGUGACUCUGAAACACGCAGGAUUGAAUUAUCUGAAUUAGAAUGUAAUCAGCUCCCAGCUGUUCAUCGUCGAUGGACUGAAGCAUGUGAUCAACGUAAUCGUCUUACUAAGAACCGUGAGCAUACAAUUGAGCAAGCCACUACAAAGGUUAAUGAAAUUCGUGAUCGAUUGAAAAAUCUGACAGAAGCAUGCACUUCUGUCAGAAAUGCAUCCAGUUCCCAGCCCAAAAAUAAACUAAAAGCUAUUCAAGAAAAUUUGGAAGAAAUUCAAACAAACUUAUGUCACAUCAAAUCCGAAGUGGAUACUUGUAACGAAAAUGUUGAACUUUUAAAAAAACAAAUCAGUGAACAUAAAAUACGUCAGCGAGAAUUGGCUGACUGUUCUCAACUUCGUCAACUGCGUUGUCAGCUGACUUCCUUAACACAACGAACAGAAUCCCUCGUACAGAAUCAAAAGACCUGUGACAAUUUUCCUGGAUCGGAUCAAGAUUUGAUCAAAGAAACAAAGCGCUUAUCACUGGAGGAAGAAAAGCUUCAUUCACUUAAACAGGAUAUAUCCAACCGAUUGAGUGAAUCAAGAGCAAAACUGCUUUAUCUCAAUCGUGAUUUAAAUGAGAAAUACGCCAACGCUGACAGUGAAUAUCGUGAUAUGAUGUACCAGCUUAAAACUUCGGAAUUGGCUUGUACAGAUCUUGAACGUUAUUACAAAGCUCUUGAUCGAGCUAUCAUGUCCUAUCAUGCUGUUAAGAUGGCUGAUUUGAAUAAAAUUAUCCGAGAAUUAUGGAGAAGCACAUACCGUGGGAAUGACAUAGAUUACAUCGAAAUAUGUAGCGAAGAAGAUACAACCGUAGCCUCGAAUGUCAGCAGAACGCGAAGAACUUACAAUUAUCGUGUUGUAAUGGUGAAGGCGACAGGAUGGACUAAGUCAAUCUCGCGACCUAAGUCUAAAAAUUCCAAUGGAGACAACAACGAAGCUCGUUUAGAUAUGCGUGGUCGAUGUUCAGCCGGACAGAAAGUACUAGCCAGUCUCAUCAUUCGUUUAGCUCUGGCUGAAGUUUUUUGCUUACAUUGUGGAGUACUUGCACUCGACGAACCAACUACAAACCUUGACAGGGAAAAUAUUGAAAGUCUAGCUCAUGCACUCGUAGAAAUAAUAAAGAACAGAAGACGUCAAAAGAAUUUUCAGCUAAUUGUUAUUACACAUGAUGCAGACUUCGUCGAAUUACUAGGCAGAUCAGACUAUGUGGAGAACUUUUUCCUACUAUCUCGUGAUGCACAAGGUUUAUCGGAGAUCCGAAAAGUCCCUAUCGGAGAACAUUUCCAUUAAUUUAUACAGAAGCAUGCACUUUUAUAUACUUCAAUACAACUUUAUAACA